GCGGCAUGAUAGCGAAAUACACGUUAACCGCUGUUGCUGCUCAAGUGCUGUAUGCUGAUCAAUAGUGUAUUUGCAUAAAAUCGAUUAAUACCUAAACUGACACAUUCUCCUCGGUAUGAAUUUGUCGAAAAAAUACCUGGCGAGUUACGUGUGCCGGAAUAAGUCAAACAAUAACAAUAACUAAAUGACAGUGGAGCAAGCGAACAAAAAAACAGAUAUUAAUUAAAUGAUUGGCAUUGAGUUGUAUCCAUGAAGAAUCCAAUGGCUGAUAAAAACAUCAAAACAAUCCAUCAGUUUCUUCUGGAUCAUAAUUUUGGAAGUACUGCUGAAGCUUUAAUUCAAGAAGCUUCGAAAAUGGGCUUUCAAAAUUUGGGAUGUAAAUUAGGAGAUGUAACAGAUUCGUAUGUUCAGUUAAUGCUAUGCUACAAUACUGGAGAUUAUUCAACGUUUUUCCAAUUGUGGAAUGACUUGUUCUCUGAUAAUACUAAACAAUGUGAAGAAUACAAAAAGUUAACAUUUUAUUUACACGUGCACUUUGCUAUACUACCUAAACGUAAAUUACACGCCGAUCGAUAUAAAUGUGAUAAAAAAGAUAAUGAUUUAACUUUAGAAACAAGUACACUGAGAUUGCCUUCAAUAGAAAAUAAUUUUGCUUUGGAAAAAUAUAAAAAGAACAAUGAAAUCGAAAAAAAUAUAAAUGACAGUAUGAAACAAUUGAAAGAUUAUUUGAAUGGAAAUGGCAAAGAAUUAGAGUAUGAUACAGAAUUACAACAGUUUUAUGCACUACCGUUUAUAGAAGAUCUUUAUGCAGAUACUUUUUUCUCUAAAGUGUUAGAGCAACAUUGGUCAGACGAGCUGUCAAAAAAUCUGGAUUCGUUCGUCAUACGUCACAGACAAGAUUUGAUCAAUUUAGACGAAAUAAACUCCAACAAAGUGCAAUCGCAAAAUGUAGAACAAGUUUAUACAACGAUGCCAGCAACAAAAGUAACUGUGGAGUUGGACGUUACACAAAAUAACGCUGUAAAGACUAAUGUGCCGAUUGUGCCAAACGACAGAGAUAUACCUAUGUUUCUAGAAGAUCAUGUCAAUGAGGAGCAGUAUAAUUUUUCCGAUAAUACCAAUUUAAAAUCCACAAGCACACAAACGCAUAUUACUGGAAACCAAAUUACAAUCAAUAAUUUGGAAGAAGAUAUAUCAAAUCCGGGAGAGAGUAUAAACAGUUUGUCGAAGAUACAUAAGUCAGAUAAAAGAUUGAUUCAAUAUAAUCAUGAAUUAGCAUUAACCAAGUCUCAUUUAUGCAGUAUUCGUACAAAUUAUGAGAAACUAAAAAUCAGAUUUCAUAAGUUGCAUUCGGACUAUCAUAAACUAAUAGACGUUGCCGGGGAAUUAACGGUAGCGCUGGAGAAUUCGGUGAAAGGUCAAAAUGUGGAUGUACAACGAACCCUCGAGAUCUGCAUGAAGAUAUUUCCUGAUUUGUUUAAUCAAAAUAUAAGAGAGAAUAAAUAUCCGUCCUUGCUACAACUAGAUCGUAUUGAUAUAAAAGUGAAUACACUGCCUAAACUUGAUGCAACAGCGUGUGUGCCGAUAUCUUCCAAAUUAUUGGAUUAUAAAAAGAUCAAGUUACAUUUAAUUAAUGGGGACGUGAAGACAAAGUUAUUGUUGUUACAAGCGUUACGUUGGAAAAUAACACUCGUACAAUCGACAGAGCAGGACGAAGUCCUACACGAAUAUAUAAGUCGCGAUUUGUUGGGACUUCACGGACAAAUUGCUAGCGACAGUGGCAAGUCAAUUUUACCGUGCCUGCUGACCGCUGGAGAAGCUUACGCCAGGCAUCUUUUACAACAAUUCACUGCACGAUUGUUAAACACCUUGGCAUCCUUCAGAUGCGGUAGAGAUUAUUUGUCGGUCGGAUCCACUGUCGUAAAUGUGACCUUUGCUUGUCUAAACAACAGCUAUGCUGACGGAGUGGAUCCUUUCGCUUGUGACAUGAUGGUGGCGAUGUUACAAAAAUUAUCUUUACGUAGACAGCAACGGAUAUAUAUGAUAGAGAGCGGACUAAUGGAAUGGUUGAUCAAUCACCUACACGAUAAAUGUCGUGUCAUAAAUUUAUAUAGACUCGAAUACGCUACUGCACUUUUAAUGAACCUGUCGUUACAUCGGUUAGCACAAGCCAGAGCAUCUAAAAUAGCCUCGUUACUCGUGUCUACCUUGCUCAUCCUUCUCUCAAUAGAUCACACAUCUUCAUUACCAUACAUCAAUGGAGCAUUAAACAAUUUUUUGAACAAUCCUAUAAUCAGUGAGGAAGCAAGAAAAAUUAAGCGUUCGAAUAUAUCGGAAUAUCUUGGCAAUAAUCAAAAAACUGCAGAAAUAAGAAAGCACCUAGAUCAUGUACUGAGAAUACAGAGAACUGAAAAUGUUAACACACCCCAGAGCGACGAGACCGUAGAUGAUGAUAAUGAAGACUUGGAUGUGUUGGAAAGUGAAUUAGACGAAAACGAUCCGCUGCAAAAUUAUAUUGGCGAAUUGAAUGGAGAAACGUUGCUCGCAAUGUGUUACAGUGUCUCUUCGAAAAUUCCUCAAGAGGCUGUAAACACGGAUACGACUCUACAGCAAAUAUCUACGCUGAAUCCUAUAGACUUUUACGACAAUCAGCAUAGUAAUCAUGUCUGUAAUAAACAUACAUCGCAUCCUGUACUAAGGAAUAGCAGUGAAACUGUAGUGACAUCUUCUACGAUUCUUGUAUCCGGUCACGAGAAUGGCCAAGCCAUUCAAGAUACCGAGAAGUUUAGUAGUAUAGCAUCGUUGAAUAGUAAUAGCUAUAACAGCAACAUAGCCAAUGAUAUCUCAUGGAAAAAUGACCCAGAACUUGCUAAAGAAGAAGAGGCAUUUUUAGCUAAGCCUAAAUUAUCAAGGACACCUCCAUAAACAUUGAAUAAAUUUUGGUCGUACCAUAUAAUUUUACUAUCAUAAUAUCAAAAUUAUGAAAUUAGAUAUAUGUGUGCGUGAUAAUUAAAAUAGUUUCGUUGUAUGAUAUUAACUACAGCUAGUGCAUUCAUCAUAAAGAACAUACAAAUGUAAUUUUUAGAUAGUAUUUAAAAAAUAAAUAUAAAUGAACUUUAAAUAUA